CGCGACCGCCGCCAAAAACCCUCAAAACCACCGGCGGCGGCGGCGGCGGCGUGCGGCGUGCGGCGGAGGAGAGAUGGCGACGCGGGUGAAGGACGUGGCGCGGCGGUCGAGCAAGAAGUACAUCGAGGAGGCGCUGUACCGGCGCCUGUUCCGGCGGGGGUCCACGCCGCAGGCCGUGCGGGAGGAGGUGGACGGCUUCCUCGACAGCCGGAAGCGCGCGUUCAAGUGGGAGGUCGGCGUCUGCGUCCGCCGCCUCCGGAAGCAAGCGCUCUACCGCCCCGCCCUCAAGCUUUCUGAAGUCAUGGCAAGAAGAGGCAUGAAUCCUACUGUCAGUGACCAGGCAAUCCGCCUUGAUCUUGUUGCCAAAUCAAGAGGCAUCGCUGCUGCUGAGAAGUACUUCCUGGACCUUCCAGAAACUUCAAAAACUCAUCUCACAUAUGGUGCUCUUCUUAACUGUUACUGCAAAGAAUUAAUGACUGAGAAGGCUGAGGCCCUAAUGGAAAAAAUGAAGAAACUCAACUUUGCUUUCACUGCCAUGUGCUAUAACAGUUUAAUGACACUAUACACGAAAACCAACCAACAUGAGAAGGUCCCAAGCGUCAUCCAGGACAUGAAAGCUGAUGACGUGUUGCCUGAUAUAUAUACUUAUAAUGUUUGGAUGAGGGCACUUGCAGCUCGUGAAGACAUACAAGGGGUUGAGAGGGUGAUUGAAGAGAUGAAGCGGGAUGGUCGUGUGACUCCUGAUUGGACAACCUACAGUAACCUGGCUUCCAUAUAUGUUGAUGCUGGACUGUUUGAGAAAGCAGAAGCUGCUCUUAAGGAGCUAGAGAAGCGGAACACUAGCAAUGAUCUUGAAGCAUACCAGUUCCUCAUUACGUUAUAUGCGAGAACUCAAAAUUUAGUGGAAGUUCAUCGUAUCUGGCGAUCAUUGAAGCGGAAUCAGCCUAGAAUGGCAAACAUGAGUUACCUUAACAUGAUUCAGGCUUUGGCAAACUUGAAGGAUAUAUCUGCUGCUGAGUCCUGUUUCAAAGAGUGGGAAGCUCGGCACAUCCACCCAGCUAAGACUAACACAAAGGACUCCGGGACAACUAAAACAUCUAACAAUGAGUCUGCUGCAAAGGCAACCAAUGAUAAGGGCACAGAUGAGACUGAUGUGAAGCAUCCCAAAUAUGACAUCCGGGUUGCAAAUGCCAUGAUCAAAGCAUAUAUUACAGAGGGUAUGUUUGACAAAGCUGACGCUGUCAAGAAGCGUGCCAAGAUGCGUGGUGGAAGACUCAACGCCAAGACCUGGGAAAUUUUCAUGGAAUAUUAUCUCAAGGCAGGGGACCUCAAGAUGGCUCACUGGUGUGCUGACCGUGCAAUCAAGAAAGGGCACAGCAGUGGCAGGAUUUGGGUGCCACCGACUGAUGUGACCGAUACCUUGAUGGAUUACUUUGAGAAGAACAAAGAUGUAGACGGAGCUGAGAAAUUUGUUCUGACAUUAAAGCAUGUGAAAAAGGAUUUGGGCGCAGUGGUGUUUGAAUCCUUGAUCCGGACAUAUGCAGCUGCUGGAAAGAAGCUACCGGGGAUGCGUCACCGCCUGAAGAUCGAAAAUGUGGAAGUCAGCGAGGAAACUGCCAAGCUGCUUGAUUCUGUCUGUGUUGACUAUUGAUCAGUGUACGGCCCUUGCAUUUGGAUUAUGUAAUAACAUCAGCAUGCAUGCAAAUUCAAAAAGGUUCUUUUGCAAAACCUGUAAUGUCACUGUAUGAUGAAGUUUAGCACAACAUUUAUUUUGGUUUCUCAGCUCCUUCUACAUAGUACUCGGAUGCGAAUGGUUAGGUUUGAAAUCCCUUUUCUUUUCAGUUCUCAUACCUCAUACCUAUGGACUAUUACACUGUCUUGUUAGGAUGUUUUGUGAUAUCGUGUAUUCUGACUGCGAUAUCUUGGACUCUUUGAUGUGAACUAUAUAAAUGAAGAAAAUGAUUCUCUUGGCA